AUUCUCCUUUCUUCCUUUUUCCCUGGAGAUCGAUCCUCUGAGCUAAGUAGAGCAGCUAUGGUGUCUAAAUCAACAGACUCUGCAUCUAAGCUCAAAGUUUGUCCCUCUCCCUCUCUCUCUCUCUCUGGAGAUUUUGUGAUUUCUAAUUCGAUAAGACUCUUGUUGAAUUUGUAAUCUGCGAGACCUACGGCUGAUUCUGCAAUUUAAUCGAUUUUGAUUUUUCAAUCAUCGAUUAUUUUCAUCAGAUUUGGUAUUAUAUCACAAUUUGAUGAAAUCACAGGGAGAACAUCCAUCAGAUGCUUGGGGGGACCUAACAUAUAAGAUAUAUGAGCUGAAAAAGCAGAUUCAAGAUGACAGAGUUAUUUCAAUUAAAGCAAAGCUUGAAAAGAAUGGGAAGAUACUAGAACAGCAUCUCUCUCAGCUUGUAUCAGGGACAUUAAGAAAGGAGGUUCUGUUUACGGAGCAUAAUGGACUAGGCAAAAUGCUCUCUUUAAGAAUUGAGAAGCCUCUCUGUAUGUUUAGUGGAUUUUCUCAGGGAUAUGGGGAUAAAGAUUAUGUUAGUGGUCAAGAUGUUGUAUCCUCUGCAAUUACAAAGCUUCCAUAUGUUGAGAAGAUACCACCUUAUACUACCUGGAUUUUUUUGGACAGAAAUCAGAGAAUGGCUGAAGAUCAGUCAGUAGUUGGUAGGAGACGCAUUUACUAUGAUCAGUAUGGCAGUGAGGCACUGGUCUGUAGUGACAGUGAGGAAGAAAUUACAGAAGCAGAGGAAGAGAAGCAUGAAUUUUCGGAAGGUGAAGAUCGUAUCAUAUGGAUGGCAUUUCAUGAGCAUGGUUCAAAUGAGGGAGUCGUGAACAUUGUGAGUCAGUGUAUUGGGGGAACCACUUCAGAAAUCCAGGAGCGGUACAGUAUACUCAAAGACAAACUUCAGGAGAAACAGGACCAAAUUCUAAAUGCUUCUGGAGAACUUGCAUCUGAAAAGAAUGCAUUUCUGGAAAAGAGCCUUAGUUCUGCUUUAGAUUCUUUUGAUAAUCUUUUCUGCCGUCGUUGCUUGGUGUUUGAUUGCCGUCUGCAUGGUUGUUCCCAAACUCUUAUCAAUCCUAGUGAAAAGCAGUCUUAUUGGGCUGAACUUGAAGAGAAUGGGAAACCUUGUAGUGAUCAGUGUUACCUUCGUUUAAGAUCCGUCAAAGAUUUGCCAGAAAGUUCACGUAUUAGUGCCUUGAAUAGGAUGGUCGAGAGUACAAGUUUAGAAGAGAAAAAUGGUAUUCCUGUUUCCUGUAACCCUGAAGAGCCAAAUAGCAGUGAUGGUUCAGAAACCAUACCUGAUGAAACAUGCAAUGCUGAUAAAACUGUGCUUGUUACUUCAGAAGUUUCUUGCAAUUCAGAUGAUGUUGCUGGAGCUCUAAAUGCUGAUAAAUCUGUCAUGGAAUUAUCCCUAAAUGAAGGUAUGGGAAAGCGGAAGGCCUUAGAGAUAAAUAAAAUUCUAAAGCACUCAAAAGUUGACUCGGAUGGUUCCCAGGAAGCUUCUCAUAAAAAGCAGAAGAAGUCAUUAGCUUUAAAAGAAGAUCCUGUGGCUAAUGAAAGUAUAAUGGUUUUGGAUUCUGGGGUGCCUGAAAGCCAGGAAUUUCAAAUGACUGCCAACAGUGCUUUAAAAGAAGUCACUGAAAGUAAAAUUAUUUGUUCUGGUAGUGUUACAUGUGCCGGAUAUGAAGCAAAAGAUGCUGCAGAAGUGUCUCAAACAAAGCAGAUACUUGAUUCCAUUGUAGGACAAGCUGAAAGUAACUCUGAGUGGAAACCUAUUGAGAAGGAAUUAUACUUGAAGGGAAUAGAGAUGUUUGGGAGGAACAGUUGCCUUAUAGCCAGGAAUUUGCUUUCUGGCCUGAAGACUUGCAUAGAGGUAUUUAGUUAUAUGUAUGAUGAUCGAGCUGCAAUAACUCACAGAUCUGUUGUUGUACCAAGUUCACUUUUGGAAGACAAUGGGAAAGCUGAAACAGAUUAUAUGGAGCAAGAGGUGCCAACAAGAUCACGAUUAUUACGAAAAAGGGGCAGAACAAGGAAGCUUAAAUAUUCAUGGAAGUCUGCUGGCCAUCCAUCUAUCUGGAAAAGGAUUGCAGGUGGGAAGAACCUGUCCUGUAAGCAAUAUACACCUUGUGGAUGUCAGUUUAUGUGUGGAAAGCAAUGCCCUUGUCUACACAAUGGAACUUGCUGUGAAAAAUAUUGCGGGUGUUCAAAGAGCUGCAAAAAUCGCUUUAGGGGAUGCCACUGUGCAAAAAGUCAGUGCCGAAGCCGACAAUGCCCAUGCUUUGCUGCUGGACGCGAAUGUGAUCCAGAUGUUUGCCGGAAUUGUUGGGUUAGCUGUGGGGAUGGCUCAUUGGGCGAGCCCCCAAGACGAGGAGAUGGUCAGUGUGGAAACAUGAGGCUUCUUCUAAGGCAACAACAGAAUAUCCUCCUGGCAAAGUCUGAUGUUGCUGGAUGGGGAGCCUUUAUAAAGAAACCAGUAAACAAAAAUGAUUAUCUUGGAGAAUAUACUGGUGAAUUGAUAUCUCACAGAGAAGCAGAUAAACGUGGGAAAAUUUAUGAUCGUGCAAAUUCAUCGUUCCUUUUCGACUUGAAUGAUCAGUAUGUCCUCGAUGCUUACCGCAAAGGAGACAAGCUGAAAUUUGCUAACCACUCGUCGAAUCCAAACUGCUAUGCAAAGGUUAUGCUGGUUGCUGGAGAUCAUAGGGUAGGCAUUUUUGCCAAGGAGCAUAUUGAAGCCAGCGAGGAGCUCUUCUACGAUUAUCGAUAUGGACCAGAUCAAGCUCCUGCAUGGGCUCGUAAACCUGAGACUUCAAAGAGAGAUGAUUCAUCUCUCUCCCAAGGUCGACCAAAGAAGCACCAGUCCCAUUGAUAAACCAUUCAGAGUCUUCUAGUGUAAAUAGCAGCAAGCAUGUUUCCCACACCUGAUGCCAGUUCUAAAUUUGCCCACCUGUUACGAAUGUCUGUCUUCUACAUAUGCAAAACUCAUAUUCUGUGUAUACAUAUUUACAAAACAUUAUGCAGAGAUCAAACAGUAAGAUGGGGGCAAUAAGCCAGAAAAAAUUUCUGGUAAUUCUCCUAUUAAUCCUCCAGGAAUAAGAAUUUGAUAUUGCCAUUAGAAGGCAUCUAUUGCUGUUUUUCCUAGUAAUAAAAAUGGUAAUUUUUUUA